AUGGGAACAAAAAAGUUUGUUGUUGCAUCAGAUUUUGUUCUAUCUUUCAUGUGGGUAUGCUCUGGUGUUCUUCUAAAGUCAUUCCUAAUAAAAAACAUGACCUUUUCUCAUUCCCAUCUUUCUGAGAUUGUCAAGUUUUCUUUUUCCAUAGCCAACAUGUUCUUUUAUGCUUUUCUUUCUAAGCUUUUUCAUGGCGGUGCCAACAAUCCUCUUGCUACUUUGCUUGAUGCUAUUUCAGGAGAUUUUCAUAACUUUCUUUUCUGCAUUGGUUCUAGAAUUCCUGCUCAGGUGAUUGGAUAUAUUGUUGGAGUAAAACUUCUUAUUGAUACCAUUCCCGAAGUAGGACGUGGACCACGUUUGAAUGUCGAUGUUCCUCUUGGAGCAUUAAUAGAAGGAUUACUAACAUUUCUCAUUGUAAUUAUUUCACUUGGACUUGCCACCACAAAAAUUCAAAGAAAUUUCUUCAUCAAGACUUGGAUUUCCAGCUUCAUCAAGAUAAUACUUCAUAAACUCGGUUCUGGUCUCACUGGUGGAUGUAUGAAUCCCGCAUCUGUAAUGGGAUGGGCUUAUGCUCGAGGGGAUCACAUAACAAAGGAGCAUUUCGUUGUAUAUUGGCUUGCUCCUAUGGAGGCAACUCUUUUAGCAGUAUGGACAUUCAAAUCAUUAGUACGACGCAUGAGAAAAGAUAAAACAUGCUCAAAAAGAAAAUCAGAUUGA